GCCCCGCCCCGCGAGGCCACGUGAUGCGGGCGAGGGGAUUGGAGCUGCUGCAGCGCGCCGCGACAGAGAGGAGCAGCGCUGGGCGCUCGCGGCGGGUCCUCCUCCUCCUCCGCCCUCCGGCUUCUUGUCGCCGCUGCUCACCGCUGCUCGCCGCCCGCAUCCCCAGCCGCGGCGCCUGGAGGAGGAGGAGACGCCGCUGCCAGCAGGGUCCCCGUCGCAGCCGCCCACUGUCCCUAGGGGCCUCUCUUCUCGCCGCGGCUUGCACCUCUUCGCGCCACGAUGGGGCUGAUGGACUCAGAGCCCAGCAGCGUCCUUAACGCGGUGUCCACUGCGUUCAACGACACCGUGGAGUUCUACCGCUGGACGUGGUCCAUCGCAGAUAAACGCGUAGAAAACUGGCCGCUGAUGCAGUCUCCAUGGCCAACGCUAAGCAUAAGCACAUUGUAUCUCCUGUUCGUGUGGCUGGGUCCAAAGUGGAUGAAAGACCGGGAGCCGUUUCAAAUGCGCUUAGUGCUCAUCGUCUAUAAUUUUGGCAUGGUUUUGCUUAACCUUUUCAUCUUCCGAGAGCUCUUCAUGGGAUCCUACAACGCAGGAUACAGCUAUAUUUGCCAGACAGUGGAUUAUUCUAAUAACGUUAAUGAAGUCAGGAUAGCUGCUGCCUUAUGGUGGUACUUUGUAUCAAAAGGAGUGGAGUAUUUGGACACCGUGUUCUUCAUCCUGAGGAAGAAGAACAACCAGGUCUCCUUCCUUCACGUGUACCAUCACUGCACCAUGUUCACACUGUGGUGGAUCGGAAUCAAGUGGGUGGCAGGCGGCCAAGCGUUUUUUGGGGCCCAGAUGAAUUCUUUCAUCCACGUGAUCAUGUACUCCUACUAUGGGCUGACUGCAUUUGGCCCCUGGAUCCAGAAAUAUCUUUGGUGGAAGCGAUACCUGACCAUGCUGCAGCUGGUCCAGUUCCAUGUGACCAUUGGGCACACAGCACUGUCUCUCUACACCGACUGCCCCUUCCCCAAGUGGAUGCACUGGGCUCUGAUCGCCUAUGCAAUCAGUUUCAUAUUCCUCUUCCUCAACUUCUACACGCGGACAUACAAUGAGCCCAAGCAGUCAAAAGCGGGAAAGACGGCCGCGAAUGGUAUUUCAGCAAAUGGUGUGAACAAGUCAGAAAAGCAGCUAGUGCUAGAAAAUGGGAAACCCCAGAAAAACGGAAAGCCAAAAGGAGAGUAGACUGACCUGGGCCUUAACCGGCUGACAGUGAGGAAACUCCUGUGUCAUAGAAACUUUCAGGGGCAACAGAAGCAGAGGGUCUGGGGUGGGGAGAGAGGCAAAUGUGGUCUGUGCACCUUCAGACUGAGCACACCUUUCCAAAUGGUACCCAGAUGUUUUAUUUAUGACGUUUUUAUUUUAAACAUUUUUUUUAUUAGCCUUGAUGUUGUCCAGACCAAAGCAGUCCCACUGUGACCUUGGAGCCCCUCCUCCUGUUCAUACUCACCUCUCGAGUGGGUGAAAAUGUCACCUGUCUUGUAUUCACCCCUUCUUCAGUCUGAAUUUUAGAUGAUCACAGAAACACAAUUUUAUGAAAAAAAAAUUUUUUUUUUUUGCUAAAUCACUAGUUCCCCACUGGUUGCAAACUGACAUUUUCUUGUCCAGAGAUAGACUGUGGAUACAUUUGAAUUUGGAUUCAUUUAUUGGCCCUUGUGGUCAGAUCUCUCCACCCGUAGUCAGAACAUUCCCUUUUGGCUGUAAUUAAAUUUGAAAACUCUGCUAAUCUCUGUAGAAUCUUAGAGGCUUGUUGAUGAUGAUGAUGAUGGUGUUGGUAAAAAUAAGAAAGAAUAACAGUGAAAUCCUGUCCCAAAGGCCACCAUGACGUACGGCACAAAUCACUGUGGGAAACAAUUUUUUUUUUAUUUUUGUGAUGAGAAAGGAAGGUAGCCUUUGAAUACUCCUAUUAUUAGCAGAAAUGUAUUAUGAGGAUCAAGAUUAUUGAAUGAUUGAAACAACUGAUGUCUUUGUUAGUAACAUCUACGGUAGUCACAUUUACAUGCAGUUAGAACUCUAAGGGUAUAUAUUGAUUUUCUCAGGCUUUCCUUGUUUUGAUUUGUGGCUGUUACUGAUUUUUCAUAUGUGGACAUACACCUACCUCUUCUGUUGGAAAGAACAUUUAAAUACAACAAAAUGAAAUAAAUUUUACUUAAAAAAUCAAGGA